AUGUCAGAGCAGACUCACACGACGCGACUUUCGCAUCUAUCACUGCUUGCUCUUGAUCAUCUAUCAUCUCGUCUCUAUGGGUCUGAGAAGUUAUCUGUGAUCUUUGUCUUUCUCCUUGGCUAUAUCAGUCGACAACUCGGGGCUCUGUCUGCACACUGGGCGUCCCAACAACCUUAUUCUCGUCCUCGUCUCCAUUGUUCCUACAAAGAUGAAUACCUAAAUCAUACCUGCAGUGCUUCACCCAUCCUCCGGGUUUGGGCCACCACGAGUAACACCUGCGUCGCAGCUUCAGUGAGAUCUUCCGACGCAAUGGCGACUCAUGUCGAACUAGGGAGUCUUGGAGAGUCACUCACUGAAGAGUUGUUCCCGAACGCUGUGUUUGGUAGUGCACCGCGCAGGCACAAAAACAGCAACCCCAAGCCGAAGGUGGACACGAGCGUGCCCACGCUGACUCGCAGGAUUACUAUGCAAACCACACCGCCCAAAGUCCCGUCGCGGAGUCUCACGCGACCCUCGUCUGCUGCGAAGCGCCCGGACAGUCCUGACUUGGGGACGAUACUGGCGAACACACCCCGCCCCCGGCGUAAAUCAUCGGCCUCGUUCUCGCCUGCUAGUGGCGGCCUGCACUUGCGCUCCCGCUCAACCACGAACGGGCUUUCAAGACGAAGUAGCAUAGCUGAGCAAAGCCCCGACAACGUCUCUGUGUCUGAUUACGGUGCCCUGCUAGAGGAGGCGGAGGGGGUGGAUACAGACGAGGAGAAUCGGCUGGGUAAGGUGGUGGAAGAUGGUGGAAGCGAGUCCGAUUCUAGCAUCGACUUACACACUCCUUUACCGCACCUUAUGUUUCGUGAUGGUCUCUUGUCUCCGCGCUCCAGGCUCUUUCCUCAAGGAUCUUCGCCUUUCGCCCUCGAGGAUGGGGACGAAGAUCCUGAUUUUGAUCGGGCACGCAGUGUGCUAAGCGUGGUUUCCACAGCUGGCUCUCUGAAGACUAAAUUAGGCUUUCUACGGGACCCUCGUGAUACGAACCGACGACGUAAUCGUCACCGAGACGGACGUUUACUACGCGCAGGCAUGGGUCUGACAACUGGUCUUGGUUGGAGCGACAGUGAGGAUGAAGACGCACCCUCGACACUUACCCGACGUCUCAUCCAGACGUCCAUCGCACCCAAGCCUUCCCCAAGCCUCUCCUCACCCACAUCAUCGCGCCGCUCUUCACAGGUGACAAGAGAGUCCACCGUCUCGCCUCUCCUAUCGCGUUCCCCUCCCCUUCAGCCGUCGUUCCUGCGGAAGAACCUGCUCGUGCGGUCCGCAUCGACGUCCUUUUCCUGGGUACGCCCAGAGCCAGACCCCAGCCCCCCGAGCUCAGAGCCGAAGACGACGCGCAACAGGACGCAGUCGUCCGCAUCCGUCAGCACCGUGUCCACUGUGUCGCAGUACUCACAAACGUCCUCCACCGCAUCGGCGUCCACCUCGUCGACACCGUCCGUCCGCCGCCCCAUGAAGCUCCCAAAGUCGACCGAGUUGCAAUUCGACGUCGCUCGGAAGAGGACAGAAUCGUCUGCGUCAACUAGCUCUCUGCCUCACACCUCUUCUGCUUCGGCAGGAUCGCCGUCGAGCUCGACCAUAGCCAGUGGUGUGCCCCGAGCACUACGGCUGCCGCAGUCGACUAGCAUGUCCAAUAUCAAGUCGCGGUCUAACCGCUCCACGUCAGUGUCGAGUACAUUGGUUCGCCAGCGCACACGGACGCUCUCGACUUCCCAGGCAGCCUCGUCCGUCCCGCGUCCGCUCAAAACCGCACUGCGUGCGCCCGCUCCGGCUCCCGCCCCCUUGCACGUUUCGGAUAUAACCGACCGAUCUGCGUCGGUAUCGCCGCCGCCGCCAUCCCCUUCCUCUCCGCGGGCUCGUCCGCUGGUGGCGGGCCCUAGACCGAGACCGCGCACAGGCACGGGAAUGGCGUACCGCACGGGCUCGUAUCCGAGCCUGCAGGGAACGGCGAUGCGCAUGCGGACCAUGUCUAUGGCGUCAUCGAACGAUGCGAGAGUGAUGAUCUGA